AUGGCGUCCGCAGAGCUACAGUCGUGGAAGAGUCAUUUCCCGGCCGGAGAUCUCUGGGUAUUUGGUUACGGGAGCCUUAUAUGGAAGCCACCGCCACAUUACGAUCAGCGGGUUGCCGGGUAUAUCAAGGGCUACGUUCGUCGAUUCUGGCAGGUAGGUACGGACCAUCGUGGGACACCAGAAGCACCUGGCCGUGUGGUCACAGUUAUCGAGCGCUCGUUUUGGGAGUCCCUCUCUGACCCGCAACAAGAGCUUGAACGGACCACGGAUGGGUCUCUAGUCUGGGGAGCAGCAUACCACAUCCCUGCCUCACACGCAGACGAAGUGAGCGCAUACCUAGACGACCGAGAGAUAGAUGGCUACAGUGUACACUACACACCCUUUUAUCCAUACUCGAGUCCCAAGAGCGACGAAGCCCAGUCUGCGGCUAGUCUGCAGUCAAGAAAGUGUCUGGUCUAUAUUGGGCUCCCAAGUAACAUCCAGUUCUUGCGUGAACCAGCACUGCGCGAGCCAGAUGCUGUUGCCAGAGUUAUUCAUGCAAGCCGGGGCCAGAGCGGGGAGAACAGGGAUUAUCUCUAUUCCCUUGAGACCGCGCUCGAAGGCCUUGGACUGGGCUCUUCUGAUGUUCACGUCACAGACCUGGUACGGCGGGUGAAGGCCAUGGAGCAGAAGAACUGA